AUGGCAAUACCCACAAUAACAGCAACAGAUUAUAAAAGUGAAACAUUUUUAAAUAAUAUCUAUUAUCAAAUGUCACGAUUAUAUCUUAGUUCAUUUUCACCACAAAUACAUCAAUCAAUUUAUCAUUAUUAUACAAAUUUUAUGUUAAUCACACAUCGUAGAGCAAUAUUGUUUAUACCAAUAAAAGAGAAAAUUUGUUGGUGUUUAUCAAUAUAUUUGGUUAUAUAUUAUUUCUGUACCAGUUACAAAUGGAUCAAUAUUGAUGAUGAUACAAAAUUUUUAUUCGGUGAUCUUGGCAAUCUGAUUGCUGAAGAUUCUAUUGCUGCAUCAUUUAGUAUAUCAUUAUUGGCUGGUUUUGCAUCAUUAAUGUUUCUAAUUAUAAUCUAUUAUUCAUUACAUACAUUAUCAUCACUUGGUUUACGUACAUUUUUACUGAUAACACAAAGUGAUGAUCCAUUCAUAUUUGAACAAUUGAAACAUCAAACCAAACAACCAAUAUCACGUGCUACAAUUUUAACAUUAAAAAUUUUAGAUAAAAAAAUUCAUUUAAAACAACAAAAAUUUCGUCAAAUAUUUAAUCGAUUAUUCAAAUUAUCUAAAUAUUUGCAAACAAAACCAUUACGUUUGAUAUUUUUACGUAUAAUUCUACUACAAUUUGCAUAUAUUGCAUUCAAUUUUAUGUUCAUCUAUAUUUAUUCACCAUUAAUGAUUGCCGGUUAUCUAUUAUAUAUUGGUUUUACAUCCAUAAAAGUAUUGAAAAUUGAAUUAAAUCAAUCAAUGAAUAAUUAUCGAUCAUUAAUAAUGAAAAAAUUACGACUACAAACAAAAUUUUUACAAAUUUUCUUACGAAAAAUUGAAUAUGAAUUAUGUUUCAAUAUACGUGUAUAUAGUCGUCUGAUUAUAUUUGCUGAAGAUGUACAGAUUGUUCUGUCAAGAUUAUUUAUAUGUGCAUUAUUAGUUACAUUUGUUGCCAGUCAAAUAACAAUGAAUUGUUUGAAACAUUUAUCACCCGAUAGUACAGUUAUAAUGAUAUUUAUGUAUUAUUUUCUUGUAAUGGAUUAUGCAAUCAUUGUAUUGUUAUCAUUUAUUGUAUCAAAAUUUAAUGCCGACCUCAAUUCAAUACGUAUGGAUCUUAAUCGUAUUGUUCGUUGGACAAACGAAAUGGCAUCGAUACGUUCAAAAUUCACGACAAUGUUAUUCUAUGAACGUUUAGUGAAUCAAAAUCCAUUUGGAAUAAAAAUAGGUGUGAUUACCGUAUUGACAAAAGCUGUAUUUAUAAAGCUUCUUAUAUUCUACAUACGUUUCACAAUGUUAUCAGGCAAAUUAAGUAAUACAUUAAAUGAAGUUAAUAAAGCCUCAUUUGAUGAUGGUGGUGGUAGUGGUGGUGGUGGUGGCGGUGAUGAUGGGCAUAAAAUAAUAAAUUAUCAUCAAUAA